AUGAAACGGUUCAUUGUAUGGCCUUCCGGCGAAGAGAGGAAUAGAGUGAGGAGCGGAUUCUUCACAUCGACUGGCUUCCCUCACGUAGUGGGGUGCGCCGACAGGACGCAUAUCUGUAUCCAGUCCCCUUCUGUUGAUGAGCCGGCUUAUAUAAACCGAAAAGGCUACCGCAGUCUUAACACGCAGGCAGUUUGCAACCAUGAAGGAUUCUUCACAAGUGUCAACGCCAGUUGGCGGGGCUCGUGCAAUGAUGCACACGUGUUCAGGACAUCGGGCCUGUGCAACAGCCUACCACGAGACAAUGUGUGUCUGGAAGACGGGUAUCCUUUAAGGCCAUUCCUAAUGACGACGUUUAUGAACGCUGACACUCCUGCCAAGGAGUGGUAUCAGCUAGCCCACGUAUGCAUAGAAAGGGCCUUUGGAAAGCUCAAGCGGCUAUUCCACGUGCUGCUGCACAGUGAGAUCAGACUUAGUCCGGUCAAGGCCUGUCGCAUAGCUACAGCCUGUGCUAUUCUGCAUAACGUACCAGUCCUGUUUAACAUGCCAGAGGUAGAGGAAGGAGAUAUAAUACCGAAUAUUGAAAAUAAUGUGCAGGAUGAUGUUGCUUACACAGAAGCUCUCAUUGCAGAAGUUGCCCGUAUGCUUGAGGUGCUGGGAUCCGGUUUCUCUUCAUGA